GAGUAGGAAGACUAUCAUCAUCAUCAUCAUCUGAAUUCCUCCUUCUCACUCAGUCCGUUUCAAACAUGGUGGUGCCUGCUCCGCUGCGGAUAUGAAUGGAUAUUAGUCACUCCCCUCCCGCUGUCACUGAGAGCCGGCGAUGCUGCGCUGUGUGCGGGGUGCGGGGCUGGACGCUGCUUGGUAGAGCGCCGGGCCUGCUUUCUUCAUCAGUCUGGAAAUUUCUUGACUUCAGCAGUUCGGCUGUUUCGGGCCGAGCGAGCUCCACGCUAGCCGCACCGCCGCAUCCCUCUUCCCCGCUGGCCCGCCCAGGCCACAGCGAUGCGGACUUUAGCGGACCCCUGAUCCCCGGGAGCACCGCGCGUAUCGCCAGUCAGAGGACGGGGCUGAGUGUUUUAUGGACCUGACGGUUAGCCGGUGGUAGCGGCAGCAGCGGCUCGGCGCGGAGACAUGUUCAGUACGAGGCGGCUGUUGCGGUUGUCGAACCGCUCCUUUUUGGCCUUCAUUUUCUUCUUCUCCAUGUCCACCACCUGCCUGUACUUCAUAUAUGUGGCCCCAGGAAUAGCCAACACAUACUUCUUCAUGGUGCAGGCUCAGGGUAUUAUGUUGCGGGACAACGUGCGAACAUUUGGUCAGAUGAUCAGAUUGUACACCAAUAAGAACAGCACGCUCAAUGGCACAGAUUAUCCAGAAGGAAAUAACUCCAGUGAAUAUCCUGUUCAGCCGACUACAUACCUCCCAGAGAAUUUCACCUACGCCCAGAAUCUGCCCUGCCCUGAGCGCUUACCUUCUAUGAAGGGUCCUAUGGAAAUAAACAUGACUGAAGUUCCUAUGGAGGAAGUUGAACUACGCCUUAGCCAGCUGGGUGUUCAGUCUGGGGGCCACUGGAGGCCUGAAGACUGCAAACCACGCUGGAAGGUGGCUAUUCUAAUCCCCUUUAGGAAUCGUCAUGAACAUCUCCCCAUCUUGUUUCAACACCUCGCUCCAAUGCUGCAGCGCCAGCGCUUACAGUUUGCAUUUUACAUAAUCGAACAGGCAGGUACACAGCCAUUUAAUCGUGCUAUGCUCUUCAAUGUGGGCUUCAAGGAAGCGAUGAAAGACCUGGACUGGGACUGCGUUGUGUUCCAUGAUGUUGAUCAUAUCCCUGAAAAUGACAGAAAUUAUUAUGGUUGUGGGCAGAUGCCUCGCCAUUUUGCUACAAAGCUGGACAAGUACAUGUACAUCCUGCCCUACAGCGAGUUCUUUGGAGGAGUGAGUGGGCUCACAGUGGAGCAAUUCCAUAAGAUCAAUGGCUUUCCCAAUGCAUUCUGGGGCUGGGGAGGGGAGGAUGAUGACCUCUGGAACAGGGUGCAUUUUGCUGGCUUUAAUGUGACGAGGCCAGAGGGAGAGAUUGGCAAAUACAAAUCAAUUCCACAUCACCACCGUGGAGAAGUGCAGUUCCUUGGAAGGUAUAAGUUACUAAGGUAUUCUAAAGAAAGGCAGCAUCUGGACGGCCUGAACAAUCUCCAGUAUUCUCCAGAAAUCUCUUUAAGUAGUCUGUAUAAGAACAUCACUGUUAACCUGAGCCCUGAACUGGCCCCCAUAGCAGACUACUGACCAAGCUCUCUUCCAUUCACCUCACCUGUCCCUCGAUACCCCGAAUAUGAUCCAGCACCCAGUGGCGUGGGGAGGGGUGUGUGACUGCAAGCAUUGACGUACUGCUGCCAAGUUACCUUAAAACCAAGAGACCAGAGGUUAAAGGCCUGAAUUCUCGAACAAUUGAUUGUGUGUGUGUGAGAUCGUGUGUAUGUUGGAUCAUACCACCAAUGUUUUUGUAAGUGUGUGCCUGUGAGAGUGUGUGUGUGAGAGAGUCCCAUUGCAUGUUUCUGUGUUCAUUCUGGCUUUAGCAACUCGAAUCGCGUCACGCUACCAAAAACGGGGGGUUAAAAGACAAUUACAAAAAAAAGAGAGAGAGACUGAGAAAGGCAGGGAGUGCCAGCGUCAACAAAUCAGAUGUUUACUGCGAAGCCUUAACUGAUUUUCAUAGGCUGUUAUCACUCUGUGUCUGUUUCAUUUGUGCUGACAAUGUAGAAAAGCUCAGUUUUACAAUUCAGCAGAACCCUAGACGCCAAUAGACUUUUUUUUUUACGGUAUGAUACUGUAGUAUUUUAAAACAUAGUAUUUUUUUGGUCUUGACAAAGAUUUGUGUAUGUACUGUAUAUUUUGAAACAAUUUGUUUUUGUAUUUAUUUUGGACUUUUAUCGAGAUGUGUUUGGGAGCACUCCAGUGGUGUGUGUCAUGUGAGCAUCGUUGUUUCUGCGUUCCAUUUGGCUGUGCAGAGGACUGCUGUGAGAGCUUGCAUGAUCCAGACUCUGUCUGUAAAUUUCCGCCUCUUUUUAAUGAUGCUGUCGCUGAGUCCUGUAACGACGCCCAUCAUUCCAGUGCGCGCACACACACUCUCUUACUUUGGCAGCUAUGUGUCUUUCUUUCCUUCUUUCUUUCUAUUAUUUCUCUUUACGAGAAUUAGACACCUCUUAAAUUAAGGACUCAAAUAAAACAGUAGGUGGGAUACAGGGAUCUGCUCACUAUAUACAUAUUUAAAAAAUCAGCAAAACACCAAUAUCAGCUGCAUGCCUUACUUCUUUUGUUGCCAGAUUUUUUUAAAGCUUUUUUUAAAAAGUUGAACAUUUUUUUUGUUCUUCCUUUCUAAGUAGUUUGUAGUUUUUCUUCCUUGCUCUUAUUUGAAAUGCACUGUACAAACAGAAUAAAAGAGAGCAGGAGAAGGCAAAGACAGUAAAGGAGCGAGGUGGGCUUUUUUUUUUUUUUUGGAAGGAAGACCUGCUGGUCAUUGGGGUUCAGAGCUGCUAAAAAGCCAAAUAGCCCUUCACUUGGUCUGGCAUCUGUGUGUGUCUCUGUGUGAGCGUGUCUGUAUGAGUGAGUUAUUAGUGAAUGGUGCUCUAGCUCUGUGUAAUGAAGUACCUUGUAAUGUUGCACUCUAGUCUGAGCGCAAGUUGGGCCUGGAUGAGGGAGUGAUAUAUUGGUAUAUUACUUUUGAAAGGCAUCAGAAACUGCGUAGAGAUGACUAUUUUAGGUUUCAAGCACUCACAGCUGUCGGCAAGCGAGCUAUAGGCUGUGCUUACUUUUGUACAUUUUGUUUUGCCUUUGUAUAUACUCUUACGUUGAAGAUGUUAAUGCACCAUAAGUUGCUUUAUUUUUUUAUGUUUGUUAAUUUAUCAUAUCUGUCCUAAACAGAACUACUAUGUGGUGUUCUUUUACACUCCCUGUGAGCGUUGAUUGCAUGUGUUUGUGUGGAGACUUGGAGAAACGUGCAUCAGCUUCCAUAAAGGCCAGACCCGAACAGCGCAGUGCAGGCUUAAGUGUCCCUGGGGCUGGGGCACACUCUUAACUUAAUCUUAACCCUUAUCAUAAAGUGCUGGAUAUGCUGGUUAAUUUUAUAUGCUUAUGGUCGUCUUGUGCGUUGGAUCUGGGCCAUGGUUCUGGAGGUACCUUGGUCGUUGAUGGUUUUCCUGCUCUAGUGCACCCACUUCAAGCUUGUUCAUUAGGAGAUCACUUAAACACGCUGUUGGAGGAGGGGGGAACCAAGCCACAGAAAACCAGAAAUGCCAAAUUGGAUGUCUCAUUAGUAGACCAUACAUUAGGUCAGUAUGUGCAAUCUAAUGUAGUAAUAUUUGGUUUUGAGCUGGGGCUUCUAGUGACAGGGUUAAGACACUUCUUUUGUUCUGCAAUCAAACAUGCUGUGAUGGUCCCCCCCCCCCAGGAUUUAUAUGCUGGUGCCUGCCUUCACUGUGCACCAGGGUGAACCAUUAAGCUGAAGCUUGUGCUCUGAUUAAGCACCUGUCUGAAGAAUUCCAUAAUGCUGAGUCUCUUGUUGUUUACAGAGUAUUUCUUUUCUUCUUAUACCUGCAGACUGAAGUCUGUGCUUGAUUGAGCCCAGUUAUUAGAGUUAGGGGUUACAUGAUCUGUAAAUUUUCGACCAGUAUGUGCAAAGGAUUUGAAAGCCGAUUCUAUUUUGCUCCAGAAAUUGGGUUCAAAUGUGAAGGAUAAUGCAGAAGUGAAGAUUACAGGUGCCAAAGUCCUCUUUCCCUCUUCUUUUGUAUGGAAAAUGUAUCCCCCUUUUUUGUGCUUUAUCUCUUUCUGUAAUCUUUGCCUGUAAAAGCUUUCUGUGGUAAAAUGAACUUGCCUCCUACCUUUUCUGUUGCAACCUGAUCGCUGUGUGUCAGGGAGAGAGAGAGUUGAGAGAGGCAAACAUUUACUGUGGCUCAGUAUCCUCUUUUCAGUGUUCCUGAUUAAGGAACAGAGACGAACAUCAAACUGUGAUUCAUGUUGUAAAAGAGAAGGUUAUUUUUGAAUACUAUUGGACCAUGUCUUAAGUGUCACCACAUUAGAAUUGGCAUUUACAGUGUCGCCACCUGAUUAGGACACAGUAUUUUAUGAUCUCCUGGCACUGGAUAACAGUAUUUUGUGGCAGUACUGUCGGUUGUUACAUUUACAUUGCAAUACAUUAGCACGGUACUUAACCUCAACAUAAAUGGUCAUUAUCAGUUUAUCAUUGCCAUUUUAAAAGUAACCAGUGCGCUUUUAUCUGAUAUAUAGAAGAAAACCAUAUCUGAAAGCUACCAACACCAAACUGGUCUACUAGACAAUAUAUGUACUUUUUCUUAACAGAAGUGUUUGCCAUGUGCGAAUAGGAAAAUCUUGUAUUCUUGAGCUUUGAGUAAAUCUAGUAUGUCAUUGUAAGUAUGGGUAUCACAUAUUACCUUUUCACAUUUAGGAGGUGUUCAACCUUCUGCUGUAUAUCCCUAGUUUUUGAAUUUGGCUUAUGCCCAGUGUUUUAAGCAUAAAUAGAUUGUUGGAAGGGGACCCAUUUGGACUCAUUGGUUUUUACUUAGUUGUAGGUAUGAAGGACUUUGUGUUAAAUACUGUACUCUGUCUGCAAAUUUAAAUCAGUUUAAUCUUAACUGACCUCCCACCCCACCCCUUCAAAAAAAGCAAACCUCACCCCAUGCCGAUCUGUGUGUUUAAAAAUGGAACGUUUUAAAGAAGAGUUCACAUUACAGACUUGUAACAUAUCGUUACAGAUUUUUUUUGCAGUAUUCAUCUUUGUGCCUUGAGUUUUUCUUUACUUUUGCACAUUUUGCAUUAUUGGUUGAGAGAUGCAGUGAGGUGGUUGUGGAUGCUGUUUUAAAGCAAUGAAAACAUGUACAGAGGAAAUGUUAUUUUCAGAAGUUUUAAUUUGAAUCUUGAGCUAUGUAUGUAGACCAUCUGAAGCGUCUGAUUGAUGAACUGGAGCAGAAAAUUGGGAGGAUCCUUUCUUCUAUGUCUUUGUUACUCCUUUUUCGAGGGUCCACUUUUGCUGUAACACCAGUUUCAGAAGCGGCAUCCUGGUUACAGAUCUUUGUUUGCCAGUCUAUUCACUGCGUUGCCGGUUUGUUCACUGCAUUACGCUCUGUAAUGAUCAUUAAAAGAGUUUAUAGUUGAAAACA